UUGUUUAAGCUCGAAUUAAUGACAGAAUUAGAUAAAAGGGCAACAGAAGAAACUUUAAAAUUUAUUUCUGAAUUAGUAAAUCAACAACAAAAGCAAACAGAAUCACCCCAGCCUUGUAGUUCUUCUAGUGAUUGGCAAAAUAAUAAUUUAAUUUAUUCACAAAAUUUGAAAGGAAACGAGUUAAAUGUUAAAAAUGAAGGAAUUAAUAGUUGUCCAAUAUCUUCACCCAUUGGAAUUAAUUUUAAUAACAAUUUUGAUUAUAAUCAGAAUUCAAUGAUUGCGUUCAAUAAAGUUUGUUCUGUUUUUAAAAUAAAUUAA